AUGCCGAGACACGACCGACUGCCGCUGCAGCUGUUUGGCUUGCUGCUAAUCUGCGCUGCCAUGUUUGUGGCGAGCAUUGCUGAAGCCAGCAGCAGCACCACCAUCCCUCGCCUGCAUUGCCGCAACCACAAAAACGAGGACGUUGACUUUUGGCUCUACUUUCGCUCCAGUGCCGUCGAGCCGUACUACUUUUUCGACUCGAUCAACAUCCACACCAACACGGUGCGCCUCGUGCCACCGCAGGCAGUGUUUGCGCACGACCUCGGCGCCGAUACUGCGCUUGCGCCAACGCUGCGCAACCACGUCGUUUGGACCAACGAGCAUGACCUGUACGGUUUCACCACGUUCGAUCCGACGGAGAACGUGUUUGUGCCGCACGCGCCGCCGCUUGACCCGAUCGGCCUCAAUCUCGCACGCACCUCAAAUCAGCCCUUCCUGUCGGCCCUGCUCGCGGUCGAGCACAGUGAGGACAGUGCCGCGGACACGAACGGCUUUGUCAUUACGACGACCAUCCCGCGGCUGCUGCCGGUCGACAUGCGCACGAGCACGCUGGCGCCCGAGAUCCCGUCUCGCCUCUGGUUUGACCCGGAGGACACGUCCCUGAGCGCCAUCCUCUGCAUCUCACUCAACACGAGCACGGGCAUUGACGCGAUCGUUCAAAUGGCGCUCACGACCAACCCGUUCGUGCCAGCGCUCGAGCUGCUGCACGGUGCGCCGCCAUCCCUUCAUGCCUUUGCGCAGCGCAUGUUUGCCACCGCUGGCCCUGCGCCACCGAUCGCACCCGGCGGUAUUUUUCUGGCCGCCGCGGCCGAUGCGUGUGCGCGCUGCCUCCGCGCCCCUAGAACCAUUGCCGGUGCUGGUGCAGAUUGCUUGCUCACUAUGGAAGUUGCCGGCUCACACGUACCACCACGCAGCCCCUCCCCUGUGGCGCUUGGGAGUGGCGUGUGGCGGGCGCUGGCGAAGAAUCGGGGCUUUCCCACCGAACUGCAGUUUGCGCCGGCACAUGUAGGUGCGUCGGCGGCAGGAGUGGUGGCGUUGGAGGCGAUGCUGCGGCGCAACGUGUGGCACAGUCCGGGCCCUGUUACGGCGCUCGUCGGUGCUGGCUGGGCGGCCAAACUCGUCUGCGUCGGCGACUUGUUCUUCACAAACGACACAAUGCUGAGCGGCAGCGCCCUUUGUGCGUCGCUCCCCGAGGCGUUUGUCGUUGCCGUGGACGAGGGUCGCUUCACCGAAAUGGUGCCGAGCAUCGUGGCGUCUGAGAACGAGUCGCUUCGUCGGCGAAUUGGCGAGGGCAAUGGUGAACUUCCACCCAUCGCGCCGGCCAUCUCCGAUGCAAUGCAAGACCUUGACACCGAACGCCUGCAGCGCAAAAUGGCCGAGCCACGCAAGAAGCUCAACAAGCGUGAGGCUGAAGACGAGCCGCACGAGAAUGCUCGCGACCUUGCGAACGAGCUGCGUCAGGGGCUGAAGCUGCUUGCCGACUCGCAAACGCAUCUCUCCACGUUUGGCACGGCGAAUUCGCGCUUGUUGCAGUGUCAGUCCAACUCGCUGGCAGAACCCGACGGGUCGCGUUUCGUGUUCAUCCGCUGGACGGCCACAACCCAUCUCGAGGCGUCCUGCCUGGCAGUCACCAUCCAGGUACUUGUUGGUUCGCCUAACGAAGACCCCAACAGCAUGGAUAUGGCCGGCGAUGCGAGCACGGCUGACGACAAAGAGGCUGACGACAAAGAGGCUGACGACACCGAGGCUGACGACACCGAGGCUGACGACAAGGUCAAAGGCAAGCUGGCCGCGCGCAGUCGCCGGCCACUGCCCGCUGGCUCAGACACAAACGUCGUCGUUGGGAGGCUGUUCUGCCGCGUCGAGCCGAGCGGAUUUUUGAACGUCGCAUCGUGCUCGCCGACGCCCGAGUUCCUCAACCGCCCUGAGGAGCACGAUCAGUACGAGCCACCAGCAGCUGACGCCCCGAUAAAAGCUGUCAAGUCGUGGCGCGCCGGUGGCCUCAGGUCUGUCGUGGUUGUAGUCCAGCUGUCGCGCGCACUGAUCGAGCAGCACGAAGGCAACGGCAAGAGCCUGUACCUGCGAGUUGUCGAAGACGUGCACGGCAUGCGCGCGUACUGUCGCGAUACGUGGCUGAACGUCGUCAGCGACACGAAGCCUCAGUUCACCCGCUGCAACCCGAGCAUGUGUUUGUUCUCGCUCGUGAGCACGGAGCGCAAGCGCAGACUGCUGCACAUUUCUGGCCGCGAGCUGCAGCGCAUGUGGCACAGGUGGCAGUGCACCGACCCGGCAAAAAACUGCCAGGCGCUGAUCAGCGGCUUGAGCGAUUGGGACGGCUGCGACGACGAGCUUCAGCGCUUACUUUCGCGAGCGGUUGAUCCCCCGAACGACCUGGCCAAUGAGGCUGUCGAGUCCGUGGCUGGCGGCACCGCUCGACGCGACGCAAAUCUGGACGCACGGAGUGACGCAGUCGAUGUGUGCUCUGUCGGCGACGCGUUAGUUUGUAUCGACCCGAAACGCAACGCGACGAGCUUGAGGAGUCGGCGCACUAUCGACAAAAAUUCUCUUUUUCUCAGUGCGUACUACGUUUGUCGUGAUUUCAUCCACGGGCAGAAUGACGCCGAGCAAGAACUCUGCUUGAUUGUUCAGUCAGUCGGUCCCCCGGAUAUUCUAGAGUUGGUCGAGACAAACCCAUGCACCGAGGAGGAUGACCAAAGUUAUAUUUGUGGCUCCGUGACCUUUUGGGACCAGACCGAGUUGAAGACUUUCGUCGAAUCUUGGUAUCAGAUGUUGAAAGCUGGUUGCGCUGCUCGAUUUCCGCCGCCUGCACAACCUGCGCCGCCUGCCCCGUUAUCGCGAAACCAGGAGGGAAUGCUCAGGCAGCACUUCAGCGAGCAGAUGAUGCUGAUGCAAGCAGAAACCGAAAAUCCAAAGGAAGCCCUUUUGCAGUCUGCGACGCCGCCGGCAGCCGCCUGGUUCUACAGGCACAUCGAAAAGCAGAUAGCAUUUUAUUCCAUGCCACAAGCCAGCGGCUCACAGGCCAGCGGCUCACAGACCGGUGUCUCUCCGACUUUCGACCCGUCCCGACUCGUGCCGAUUUGUGUGACGCUUCUCAACAGCACUGCACUCCCCGCCGCUCAGCAAAAAAUUCAGUCGGAUUCGAAGGCAGACCAAGACCGAACGGCGUACGUGUUCAAGGACACAACGAGCACAGCACACACUCUGAGUCUGCCCGAAGCUCAACCGGCUUACCUGACCCUCUAUGACAAGGCCAUGAAGAUGCCCGUCUUCUCCGCCUACCGCAUUCCGCUCGAGAAACCUGGCAAAUCGCAAAGCUUUAAAUCAUUGGAGAACGGCCAUCGGCAUGCUCGUCCAGACCCGACCAAUUUUCUUCAUUCCGGUGAAUUGAUCCUCCUGCCCGACGGCUCGCCACUGGCUGCUGGCCUCGUCGACAUUCAUUCAGAAAAACUACUAAAGCAGGACGUCGGAACCGCCAAGAAUCGGGACUUUAAAAACAGCGAAUUUGACCGUGGGCACCUCAACCCGAACUCGAUCAACAGCUAUGUCUCAGCUAAACCGGGCGUAGACGAGGAUUUUGCCAAUGCCUACGCGACCUUCGCGCUCGUCAACGUGGCGCCGCAAUACGAGCGAUUCAAUCGAGUCUAUUGGUCGCGCGCAGAGUGCGCGCUCCGGGCAGCGCUGUACCUCGCGGCCCGGCCAGUACAGACGGCUGCCGCAGCUACCCCACAGCCGGCAGCGCCCCCAUCGCCCAGACAGCCCGCUAACGAGGCGUUUGUCAUGACGGGCGUGGCACUCACGAAAGCCCCAGAUGUUUUACCGAAAAACAAAGAGGUCGCUAUCCCUGGCUGGUUUUGGACGGCCGUUUGCGUCCCAAACGUGGGCACCUUUGCCUUUUGGGGCGAAAACCAAUCACUGGAACCAAAGAAGCGCACCGACAAAUAUUCGGCCGUCAUCAAGGUUGGCAGUGUUGACGAGUUGCUGCAAACGCUGCAGGGCCCCCCACAAGCUACCCCACAAGCUCAACAAGCUACCCCACAAGCUCAACAAGCUUCCGACCUUUUCCGCAACUGCGGUUCCACAAACCCGGGCGAUGCGGAGGAGCUUCAGACAGUGUUCGAGAACGCUCUUGACGACACAUCAAUCUGCUUUAGGAGAGAGGAGCGAGACAUGCUGUUCGAGCUCGAACUGGCCAGUGAGCAACUUUGGAAUUUACCAGACCAGCUCGACUCCAAGCCCCCGUCAGACCGGGAGCUUCGGUCUAAAGCCGACAAAGCCGACGAAGAGUCACCGGCCUCACAGCCUGGAUGUGCCGGCAGCUCUAUCGACAGCCCGACCGCAGACACCACCGCAAGAAACCAUCUGGAGCAUCUCCAAAAGAUUUCCCAAUCCGACAAGCGCAAGUUGUUUGUCGCAACGGAAUGCGUUCAAAGCUGCCAAUGGGAAGAUGACGAGUGCAAACAAAGGAAGCCAAACGAUGAUGCCAACUCUGCCAGCACUGCACCCAUGGACACCACAUAA